AUGCCUCGACCCAAGAAACCUGGAGUCGAACCAAAAAAGAGAUCACGCGGCGGCUGCUGGCCAUGCAAGGCGCGCAAAGUGAAAUGUGGAGAAGAGAAGCCUUAUUGUACAAAUUGUGAACGGCAAGGAGAGACAUGCGACUAUAGCAUCAGACUCAACUGGGGAGGGCGGGCCAAAAAAGAUAGAAUCGCCCCAGGUUCUGUACUGUCAAGUGCAACAGGCAGUCCUUAUCAAUCGACAGUCUCGUUUGAUGAGGAUGUCUCCCCGCUGUCUCCAACGAUACCACAAGCACUAGUGCCAUCAAGAAACACGAAAAAACAUGUGCGCUCACACUCAGAUGGGACCCAUCCGGGGUCAGGGACGCUCAUAAUCGAUCCGGAGUUAGUUCGAUUCAGCCAGUCGCCGUCGCACACAAAUACCAACGAUGCGGAGUUCGCUGAGCAGAAUCAGUACCUCCAUCGAACGAUAGGACUUCCAACGUCAGUACCAUAUGCUCAGCACCAAUUCCAAAGCAUGUCCGAUUAUCCAUCACCAUCUGUAUCGAGCUUCGACUACCGUAACUACAACAAUGUGGGACCUACGUCUGUCACCACAGACGCGCCCAUUUCUCUGGCGUCCAUGCCGCCACCUCGCGAAUCAGUCGAACCCUUGCACAAGCGGCACAAACAUACCUACUCCAUGGAUCCAUCCAUGUUAGACGUGUGUUCUCCAAGCAGCGGUUCGCCUACACCAUAUAGCCCUUUCAUGGCAAUGCCUUUGACACCAAACUCGUCAGUUGGUUUUGAAGAACCUAUCACGCAAACCGCACCGAAACCGCAAAACUGCCCGCCUCUGGACUUGCACAGAUUGUCAGUACAAUCACUCAUCAACGGACCGGCCGAGGACGAUGAGCGGAUCAAUGGCCUCGAGACUCAGCGCGGACGGAAGUAUCCAAUUGCCGAUUCUGCAUCGACUACAUUUGGGUAUGAUCGCGGUUUGCCAGAUCUCGACACGCCAAACAACGACGACUUCUCUGCUAUAGCAAUUUUUAGUCCACCGAGUGGCACUACGAGUUUCAAGGAAAAGCAGAAUCGAUGUCUGCCUCGAACAGAUGACAUGAAUCUUGAAAGGAGUGGGUAUUAUGUGGAAGCAGUACCAGUCACGAUACCUCAGUCUUUGGUUCCUCUACCAGCUCUACUUAGGGAGAAUCCCAUGAACCUGUUGUAUUUUCAUCACUUCCUCAAUCACACAGCGCGUAUUCUCGUUCCACACGACUGUGAGAAAAAUCCGUUUCGCCAGAUCUUACCAGAGAUGGCCGUUCACGAUGAAAAUAUUAUGAAUCUGCUCCUCGCCUACAGUGCCUCCCAUCGUGCCCGCAUACUCGAUCAUCCUGAGCCCGCGAAUCGUAUAGCAGUCUGGGUGCAAGAUGUCUUUCCCAGGCUCCGCCAAACAAUAACGGAAAAUCCCAAUUAUAUAUCAAACAGCACACUCGCUGCAGUCAUCAUGAUGGCAUCACUAGAAAUCAUCUCCUCCAACACAUUCGAUGUGCCCGUCUCGUGGCAAUCGCAUCUCACCAUGGCGCGCCAAAUGAUCACUACACGCGGCGGACCACAGAGCAUUGACCGUCAUGAUCAUGUUGCGUACUUUUUGUCGCGAUGGUAUGCGUAUCUCGACGUUGUCGGCUCCCUGAGCGGGAGCAAGAGCGAUGUUCACCUCGGAUCCUUCUAUUGGCCUAGCGAAGACGCAUAUACAGACGAGGACUAUGAGAUCGACUGUUUGAUGGGCUUCACUAACCGCUGCGUCGGCAGCUUAGCUCGCAUCAGUGAGUUGGCCAAACAAUGCGCACCGCAGCGUAUCGACGAGGGAGGAGAUAUCCGCGAGGACUGGCGACCAAGCCCGGAUAUUGUACAAAAAGCAGAGCUCAUAAGGCACCAGCUGGAAGAAGGAUUGUCAGACAAACACACGCACAAACGAUGUCAUCACCACGGAGGCACAUCGUUCGAGACCGAAGGUGCAUGGGACUCGACCGAGAUCUCUGCCACGAAUCAGAUGUUCCACUGGGCCGGUCUCAUUCAUCUGUUUCGUCGGGUACUGGGAACGCCAGUGAAUGACCCUGAGGUGCAGAAUGCGGUGCGCAUGGUCGUUGCACUUCUGGAUCAGGUAGGCAAAGGUUCCACAGCGGAGGUUUGUCUGCUGUUCCCGAUGUUCGCAGCUGGAUGCAAUGCGCAAGAUUGUGGCCAGAGGGAGAAGAUCAUGAGUCGGUUGAGAAGUGUCGAAGGGUUCGGCAUGACACAUAUUCACAAAGCGCGCUCACUCAUGCAGCGCGUUUGGGAUACUGGGAAGCCAUGGGAAUCACUAGUCUCGGACGAGUUUUUUGGUUGA